CAUUCUUUUUCUUUCUGCCCAUUAUCGUCAACCAAACGGCCCUUCUCCCUCUCUCGAAACCGUCUCUUUCUUUCUCAGUUGUAGCUGUAGUUAUUCUCUCUCUGGUUCGGAGUUUGGGUCCAGAUCUGAUCCCACCAACGAGAGGGACGGUUUGGUAAGAGGAGCGGCUGCCUUGCAGCAGUCUGGGUGGGUGCGGGUGGACUUGGCUUCGUGACGAUCCAGGUGUUCCAUGGUAGGAGGUGCUCGAAUUCGGCUCAAUGGGUGGCAGCGGGCAGCUGUGGCAGUUGGUUCGGCAGUGGGAGCAUUGCUAGACCCACGGAGAGCAGACCUUAUUGCGGCUCUUGGCGAGACAACAGGGAAACCUGCUUUCGAAAGAGUUCUUGAAAGAAUGAAACAGAGCCCCGAAGGCAGGGCAGUACUUCUCGAGCAACCGCGAGUUUUAUCUUCAAAAGUGGGGCACGCAUGGGACUUCCCGGAAAACACAUUUGGUGCUGCCUAUGCAAAAUUCAUGGGAUCAAGGAACUUCUCCCCGGAUGACAGACCACCGGUGCGGUUCAUGGAGACAGACGAGCUUGCAUAUGUUGCCAUGCGAGCUCGAGAAGUGCAUGACUUCUGGCACACCCUUUUUGAUCUUCCAACCAAUUUGAUUGGCGAGUCAGCUCUCAAGGUGAUUGAGUUUGAGCAAAUGUACCUUCCAAUGUGUCUGAUGGCCGUCAUUGGGGGUACAGCUAGAUUCAAUGAGAAGCAAAGGAAACUGUUCUUCCAGCACUACUUUCCUUGGGCCAUUCGGGCUGGUGCUCAGUCCACCGAUCUUAUGUGCGUCUAUUAUGAACGACACUUUCAUGAGGAUUUGGAGGAGGUGCGGAGAAAAUGGGGGAUAAUACCUGUUUCUAAGCAAGCCUGACCAACAAAGAUAUUAUUAGUUUUGUUUGUAUAAUUUUAAAUAAAAGUAGUUUCUAAAAAGAUUUUGAUAAAUAUUAUUUUUUAUUUUAAUCUGGUGAUGUACCAAAUGAUAGAUUAUUUUUCUAGUAGUUUUAUCCUACGAGUAUCAAAUAUAGUAUUAGAGUCAGCAUCAUUUAGAGUA